UUACCCUCCCUCGGUCCGAACUCCAAAACCGGCGAGGGAACAAAACAAGCAAGUGGGGGGCGAGCGCCGCUGUGCUCCCUCUUCUCCAAGCUCGCCGAUGGACGGGCCCCGUUGGACGGAGGAGGUGGACGACCUGGUCGACGCCGGCGACGUCGACGGCGCCGUCGCCCUCCUCGAGUCCGUCGUCUCCAACCUCUCCACCUCCGCCGCCGCUCCCUCGGCCGCCGACCUCCGCCUCGCCACGGCGCUCGGCGACCUCGCGGGCCUGCACGCCUCCCGCGGCGACACCCUCCGCGCCGACGAGCUCCGCGCCCGCGCCAUCGCCCUCCGAUCCCGCGCCGCAGCCCCUGGGGCCCUAGGGGAUCAGGAGCCAACAGAGAAAUGUUCAUCACAAGAGGGUGCCAUGGGUUCAAAGGACUCUGAAGUCUCUGCUAAUACUGAACAGAACAAUGAAGCCGAAGAGGAUGAUUGGGAGGCUAUUGCAGAUAGCGGCGCACUUGAUGGCACACUAGUGCACUCCCUGGAGCAAGAAGCUAGGGUGCCUUCUUGUAGCUCUUCAGAGAAAAGUAGCAGCACGUCUUCAGGACCAAAAAGGAGAGGGAGGGGUUCAUUUCUCUAUGAUAAGAGUGUUCUGUACAGUGACCAGUGUGGUUCAGAACGGGAUUUGGAUGACAAAGAGUCUAGUCCUCAGAGUGGAUCAAAAGACCAUGUAAAUGAGCAGGAGAACAGUGCUGUGACAGCUGCUGCACAGCUUGGAACAAGGCAUGUCCUUGUCCUAUAUGACUUUUCACCAAGCACGCGCACAAUAGAUCUGGAAAGGAUUUUUGAGAAGUUUGGGGAUCAUGGAGUUGCCAUUCGCUGGGUUAAUGAUACUUCUGCACUUGCUGUUUUCCGGACUCCAUCAGCUGCUACUGAGGCUCAAUCUUGCAUACCUCCAAGAUACAAAGUGCGGUCAAUGAAGGAGAAUGAUGAUUUAUUGACAAAAAUAGAUGGUAGAGACCUAGAACCACCCAAGCCAAGACCAAAGACAUCUGCAAGAACAGCACAAAGGCUAAUUGCUCAUGGUAUGGGGCUGAAGCAGUUUACAAACUUCGGGUCAGAUGAGCUGAAGAAGCAGGAGGAAGAGAGAAAGAACAGGAUUGCUGCUCGACAAGCCAUGCGUGAUGAGGCUUGGGGUUCAGAUUGAUCAAGAGGAUAUUGUGAUUGCUGGUCAUGUUCACCACAACCUGGAGUUUGUUGCAUGGCUGUUUUAGAUGCUUGUACUCUUGUUUAAGACGCCUGGUUUUAUGUUGAUUGAUUGUGAGAGAUCCGAGAUCUGAUGCUAGCAAGAGUGGCAUGAAGCCACGAACAUGUAACCAGUUCGCAUCGCGCGAUGUUGUAUUGGAAAUUUGAAUGGUGAUGGGUACUGGUCUUGCAGUACUAGUAGACCUGGAUGGGAUUUUCCUGAAUUGAAAUGCAAAGCACAGUAUUUCAAGCAAUA